UGCCCAGGGCUGCGUCGCUCGAGGCGCUCUGGAGCGCUCCGCUGCCUUCAGCUGCCCUUACAGCGGGUGGUUCUUGUUCGUGUGAGGUGUCCCCGUGCUGCUCCUUUCCUUCCUUUGCCUGGAAGAGGAACGGGAAGCCUACCAUAUAGUGUUGCUCCCGAGCUUGGCGUUCUGUCCUGUUUGGGUUACUGGUGCUCUUGGUGCUUUUUUAGUGUUGUAGUUCCUCUCUUUCAGAGUUUUGUCCUGAAGCAGAAGCGAUAGUGAAAGUUGGAGAGAAGGGAGUUGAGCCCUGUCAGGACAGACGUGCCACCUGUUUGUUCGAGAAUGCGAUGUGAAUGGCGAUGGCUUUGAUCUAAGGGGAGAUCUGAACAACUGUCUUUAAAGGGGAGCAAAGAAAAAAGGUUUCUCUUUUUCCUUGAAAGCUAUGUAACCUAUUCGAGUAAUGCUUUCAUUUAAGCAGGGAUCUGCUAAGUGCAUCUCUCUGCCACUUGCAUCCGGAACUGUAGGCAGCAAUUCCAGCCCUGAUGUGGUCUGUGCUUUCCGAUGCUGUUUUCAGAAAGAAGGGAAACAAUCAGUUUUAUUAAACCUGGAAGUCUGGUAGGUUUGUGUGACCACAUCCGUGAGGUUGAGUUUUGAGACUGCAGAUAACUGCUAGUAACCUGAGCCUCAGUUUUCAUUGGUUACAGUAUGUGUCCUGAACCAAAAAGUAGAAUCCCCUUACUAAGAGGCAGCUGCCUGGCCAGGAGGUGCAGCUGAGCCUCCAGCACUGUGUCUCUGCCUGGAUGGAGAAACGCUGCUCAACCACAUCAGGCUCAAUUCAACUGUAAUAUAGCAAACUCCUUUUUUCCUUUUAUUUUCCAGUGUUUGGCAGUUCAGGCUGUCUGUCAGAAGGAAAGCUGGGUUGGGGUGUGGGAUGCUGAUGUGUGGCUGUGGGGUGGCUUCAGCUCUUCUGUGUGGGCUGAGCUGGCGGCUCUGGGCAGGGUGUGGUGAGUGAGGGCUAUGCUCAGCUAACUGGGUUAGUUCAGAUGAGCUGGGGCAUGGGUUGGAAAGUGCAGCAGGGAGCAGUGGUGCUGGGUGUGAUGAAGGCUGUUUCCCGGGCAUCAGUUCCCAGUGCCAUUGCUGUGGGUUUGUUGCUGGUGGCCUCAACCAGAAUAGGGCAAUUCUCAACAUCUUCUCUGUGGUCGUUGGCUAUAAGAAAAGCAUGACGUGUGCUGUGAGACUGAUGGCUCUGGCUGCCCUUCAUGCCCUUGUAUGUUGGGCGUUGUGCUGCUCUGCCUUUGUAGGAUAGUAACACCAGGCCAUAGUGAGCAGCCUGGCAUGGAGGUAAUCUCAAUUCUGCUUUGCCCUUUGAAACCUUGUGACUGAGGCUGGCUGUUGCAUGUGGCCAACUCCUCUCCUUAUCAGCAGCUCACUGCUGUUGUGUGAUAGCGAUGGAUUCUAGGGAAAAAGGUUGGAGUCUCCUUGUUCUUUUUCUGAGGACAUGUUUAUUUUUCCAGGAGGCAGGAUAUUCCAGUCCAUGAUGUCCAUGAUGAGAUUCUCCUUGUCUGACAACAUCACACGUUCUACUGCCCUGGUGACAGCACUGGAUAAUGUGACAACUUUGUCUCCAACGACAGCGCAGGCAAUCAAUGGCACGAACAUCACGGUGCCACACAAAUGCCUGCUGUUGCUUUAUGAGGACAUUGGGAGGUCCAGAGUCCGCUACUGGGAUCUUUUGCUCCUGGUUCCCAAUGUGCUUUUCUUUAUGUUUCUUCUCUGGAAGCUGCCCUCUGCCAGGGCCAAAAUCCGGGUCACUUCCAGCCCUAUCUUCACUACAUUCUACAUACUAGUGUUUGUGGUGGCUUUAGUUGGUAUUGCCCGUGCUGUUGUCUCCAUGACUGUGAGUGCCUCUGAUGCUGCCACGGUUGCUGAUAAGAUCCUGUGGGAGAUCACAAGGUUCUUCCUUCUGGCGAUUGAGCUGAGCGUGGUGAUUCUAGGCCUUGCCUUUGGUCAUCUGGAGAGCAAGUCGAGUGUGAAGCGUGUUCUGGCAAUCACUACAGUGCUGUCUCUAGCAUAUUCUGUCACCCAGGGGACCUUGGAAAUCCUCUACCCUGAUGCUCACCUUUCAGCUGAAGACUUCAACAUCUAUGGCCACGGAGGGAGACACUUCUGGCUUGCCAGCUCUUGUUUCUUCUUUCUGGUCUAUUCCUUUGUGGUGAUUCUUCCAAAAACUCCUCUUAAAGACCGGAUUUCUCUGCCCUCCAGGAAGAGUUUUUAUGUUUACGCUGGGAUCCUGGCAGUGCUGAAUCUGGUGCAGGGUUUGGGCAGCGCCCUUCUCUGUGUGGAUAUCAUAGAAGGACUGUGCUGUGUUGAUGCUACUACAUUCCUUUACUUCAGCUUCUUUGCACCUCUCAUCUAUGUGGCAUUCCUGAAAGGCUUCUUUGGGUCUGAGCCGAAGAUCCUUUUCUCCUACAAGUGUCAGGUGGAUGAACCUGAAGAUGUGGAUGUGCACCUACCCCAUGCUUAUGCUGUUGCCAAGAAGGAAGGAAUGGAUUCUGGGUUCUACUCAAGCACUCAGAUUGAUACCACAGCCUACCUGGAUGACGUGGCCUCUAUGCCGUAUCACGUGGGCAGCAUCAACAGCAUAGACAGCGAUCGUUGGAAAGCUAUCAAUGCCUAAGGCAGGGCUCCCCCCUGCACCUUAUGAACUCCCUGAUGCUGAGGAUGUUAGGAUAUCCACUGGAAAUCUGUUCAUCGCUAUCUGCUGUGGUU